AUGGCCUCCCAAGCCCCGGCAACGAACCAGACCGGCGGCCGUACUGCCGAUGUCAUAGAGCCUGUCCAGGAGACACAGCCAACGCCCGCCAACCCGUUGCAAGAGAAGGCGGCCCAGUUCCUGGCGGCACAUGGAGGCGGGGAUACCACUUUCACCUACGAAGAGGAGAAGGCCGUCCUAAAGCGGAUCAACCUCCGCGUUCUCCCUUUGAUUCUAGGAGCUUAUUUCUUCCAGCAGCUCGACAAGAGUUCUCUCAGCUAUGUGUCCAUCUUCGGCUUCCAAGAAGACGCGAACCUCCACGGCCGGCAAUACAGCUGGCUCGGCUCCAUCCUCUACAUCGCCCAGCUCGUCUGGCAGCCCGCCGCCGCCUUCAUCCUCGUGAAGCUCCCCAAUGGCAAGGUCAUCGCCGCCGCCAUCUUCCUGUGGGGAUCCUCGCUGGCCAUCAUGACCGCCUGCACCAACUUCGGCGCCCUCCUCGGCCUCCGCUUCCUGCUCGGCACCUUUGAGGCCAUGAUCGCGCCGUCGUGCCUGGCCGUGACGACGACGUGGUGGAGGCGGAGCGAGCAGACGCUGGUGACCAGUUCGUGGAACGCCAUGAACGGCGUGACCUUCAUCGUCGGCAGUUUGUUCACAUACGGCCUUGGUCACAUCGAGAGCGACAAGCUGUUCAAGUACCAGAUCAUUUUCUUGUUCUGCGGACUGCUAACAGUGACAUACUCGAUCGUCGUCCUCGUGUUCAUGCCUGACUCGCCCAUGUCAGCCAAAUACCUUACGGAACGGGAAAAGGUCAUCGCCGUCGAGCGACUCCGGGCCAACCAGAUGGGCAUCCAGUCCGGUAUCUGGCGCUGGGAUCACGUCUGGGAGACCUUCAUGGACCUGAAGACGUGGUGCUGGUUCGUCCUAGUCGUCGCCAUCUCCAUCGCCAGCGGCGGUAUCUCAACGUUCGGCAACCUGAUCGUCAAGUCGUUCGGGUACAACAGCUUCCAGACGAUCUUAUUCAACAUCCCCUUUGGCGUCAUCCAGAUCGUUGCCAUCAUGGGCAGCGGCUGGAUCGCCACACGAACGCAGCGGAAGGGCCUGGUCAUUGCUGGGAUUGCCGUCAUUCCCGCCAUUGGCACCAUCCUCAUGCUCACCAUUCCACGCCAGCACAAGGGCGUCUUGCUGUUCGGAUACUACUUGGUUUCAACCCUCGCGGCCAUCACCCCUCUGAUCUAUACCUGGCAAGCACAGAAUACCGCUGGCGACACCAAGAAGAAGACCACGUCGGCUGUUGUUUUCAUUGGCAUGUGCACCGGCAACAUCAUUGGUCCGUUGCUUUACUCCGUCGAUGACGCUCCGGUCUACCGCCCCGGCUUGAUUUCAAACCUCGUCAUGUUCAUCCUCGUAGCCUUUAUGGGAGCCCUUAUACCUCUUUACCUCAAAUACCUUAAUGUCCAGCACGCCAAGCGCCGCGAGGCCCUCGGCAAGAGCACGCAGAUCGUGGACGAGUCCAUGAUGCGCAACAAGGACGUACAGGAUAGCAAGGCGGUGGAGUUGGAGGAGGAUCCUCAGCGACACCAGCACAGAACCAUCGAGGAAGACCAUGGCCUGCAGGACAUGACCGACCUCAAGAACGAGGAUUUCAUCUUUGUGUACUAG